AUGGCUUCCAAGGCCAAUCAGAUGGAGGCAGGCGAAAAAGCCGUCGCCUACGACGCCCGAAGCAACUCAUCAGAUGUUGCUGCAGGCACCAUGAUCACCCAUGAAGCUGCCAUUAUGAUGGCCCUCGCCGGAACCAUUGGAACUGGUCUGUUUCUCGGCUCUGGGCGCGCCGUUGCUCAGGCCGGACCGUUUGGAGCGUUCCUUGGAUAUACCCUGAUUGGCUUCUCGGUUGCUGGUGUUGUUCUCGUUGUGGCUGAGAAGGCGGCCCUUUUCCCGUUGAGCGGAGGCAUCGUGAGAUAUGCCGAGGUCUUUGUCGACCCCGGCCUUGUCCGGAUUACCAUCCUUGGACUUUUGAUGGCCCUCACCAACUUCUUGUCUGUUAGGACUUUUGGUGAGCUCGAGUUCGGCUUUGCCCUGCUCGAGAUUGCCCUCAUCGUUAUCGUCAACAUCAUGGCGGUUGUUAUCAUUGCUGGUGGUGGCCCCAAGGGCGAAUCUCUUGGAUUUAGAUACUGGAAAGGAUCUCUUGGACGGUUCUUGGGGUUCUACACCACCUUUAAAAACGCUCUUGACGCCUUCUCAGUAAUUGAAAACAUCUCCCUGGCCGCUGCGGAGAUCGCGAGUGCUCGAAGGGUGAUUCCUCAGGCUGCCAAGCGAGUCUUUUGGCGAAUCCUGAUCUUCUACAGCUUGACCAUGUUCCUGGUCGGCCUGGUCGUUCCCUCCAACGAUGAUCGGCUCCCCAAGUCAGAGGACACUGCUGCGUCUCCCUUUGUUAUUUCUGCUUCACUGGAUGGCAUCAAGGUUAUCCCGCAUGUCAUCAGCGCCAUCGUUGUAACUUCAGCUUGGUCCUGCGGCAGCUACGGUAUGAUGAGUGAUGUCCGCUACCUCUUUGGUCUGGUGAACAACAGACACGCGCCUCGCAUCUUUACUCGUCUCAACCGAUUCAGGAUUCCAUAUGUGGCCGUCAUUCUUUUUACUCUAUUCAUGGCUCUUGGAUACACAACCACGUCUCAAGGAGCAUCCACUAUCCUUACCUGGUUGCAGGAUCUCCUCUCUAUCGCGAUCUUGGUCAACUGGACAGUCAUCUUGACAACCUACCUCCUUUUCUUCUACGGCUGCAAGAUACAAGGCAUCGACCGCAACGAGCUGCCCUACAAGUCUCCUUUCCAGCCUUACUUCAGCUGGGCCUGCAUCAGCCUGUUCAUCCUGAUCCUUAUCACGUCUGGAUGGCAGAACUUUGUCCAUGGUAACUGGAAUACCAAGUCCUUUAUGUCUUCUUAUUUCAACACCCCGUUGGUCCUGAUCUUGUACUUUGGAUUCAGGUUUUACAAAAAGACCAAGAUCAUUCUUGAUGAGAUCCCUAUCCGCGUGUUCCUAGACAUUGCAAACGCUGAUCCACCGCCCCCUCUGAAACCAAAGGAAAUCCGGAAGCUCAACUUUCUCUGGUAG